AUGCGUCGUGCGGCACUGCUCCGUGCUGCCCCCACACCCCACGCCUCCAAGGGCGCAGCCGUGGAUCAACAGCCGUCGGAAGGAAAAAGAUCUGAUGAGAUGGUUCUUCGGCUGCAGGAUCAACUGGCGAAGAUCAGUGAGCGUGUCGCCCACGCCGACAGUGUUCUUCAGCAGUACGCGACUGGCCUCUCGCUCGCGCAGCGGCAGCAGGCUGUGCUGGAAAGGCGCAUUGUGGCAUUGGAGGAGGAGGCUGUGCGGACGCAGCAAAAAGUAACAGAGACGACACGGAUAGCCUCUGAUGUGGUCCUGCAACACCGUAACGUGGAGGCCCUGGUGCGGCAGAUGGAGAAGCUUAUUCUCCAACGCGUCGCUUCGUCACCACCAGUGUCAGCGACAGGGAAAGCGACCGUUGAUAAGAUUUCCUGUACCAUGAGCGAGGGGUGCGUAGAGGCAGAGCAGCAGCAGCAGCAGCCGAUAGAAGCACCAGCAACUGGUGCGACGGCAGCAGCGGCGGUUCAGAUCUCCGCCCUCAGUAGUCGCCUGGAGGCCUUGCAGGCACGCGUCGAGCGUCUUACUAUGGAAAAAAUUGUGCUGGAUAAAGUUGGGCCUCAUGCUGUGCGGCAUCAACAGAAAGACGUGGAGAUGGCGGUGGCACGUGCGGCAGCCACAAUAGCCGAACCAGGAAGCAGCGAGAGAAAGACGCCAGUACUUUCUCCACAGGACCUCGCCACAGUGCUGAGGAACACUGGAGCAUUUCCCUUUAAGGACAACAUGGGGGCCACACGCAUCAGCAGUCAGAAGGUGCUUGUCCGCGGCAUGCCUGUAAACUUCGGGGCCACGGAAGUUCGCGACUUGUUUUCGCGUGUUGGGACUGUCGUCUCUUGUGUGGUGCGGCGAGCACCUGCUGCCGCGGUGGCAGCAGCGCCAGUGUCCUCCCGCUACAGGUCACAGCGGCAGGAAGAGGAUGUGGAGAAUGAGCCUGAGCACCCGGCACCCUCUCCUCCUCCUGCUUUCGCCGAUGAGCAGGAAAGAGCGUUUGAAGUGACGUUCCACCUGGUGGAGCAGGCUGUGCGUGCUGUGUUGGAGCUGGACAGGUAUCAGCUGAAGGGGAAUCACACCCUCUCCGUGGAGCCCGUAGUGGCUGCUGACAUCAUUGCUGCACUGCGGCAGAUGGAACAAGAAUCUAAGAAGCGGUAG